AUGGCCCAAAAGCGCAAAGCAUCCGACGAUGCCGGACGGCCCCAAAAGCGCGGGAGGGUAAAGCGUCCUGCAGCCCGAGGUGCUCGCACCGGCACAUCGCACGCUGCCCCAGCCCCAGCAGCGCCCACAGCACCCAUCGUCGCAGCCGCCCCGAAGCCCCAGCCAUGGGACUACCCGUUGCAACGCCUGCACGGCGACGGCGACAGCAUGAACAACAUUCUGGAAUCCAUGGCCGUCGACGACCUGCUCUCGAUGAUGCAGUUGAACCGCGCAUGGAGGGACUGGACCCGCCACUUUGUUUGCUCUGCGCAGGCGAGAUGGUGCUACCCUGAGGGCUUGAGGCCUGAUAUCUCGGGUGCGAAGACGCCUGCGGAGAGGGAGGGGAUUAUGAGGCGGGCUUUGGCGCGAUACAUGCAACGCCAGCGCACGGCCGCCGGCGAAGCAACCUGCGUCCGCAGAUACGACGCCGAUGCCUCGGCGUACCCGCGACACAACGCCGUGGAACCGAGUAUCCACGGCGAUCUCCUGGCCUGGCACUCCAAUUACACAGCCGCCCAGGGCCGCAACGUCUGCUGGCAGAACCUCGCCUUCGACACAGCCACCGGGAAACCCCAAAACACACAGGAUGUAACGUCCGUCCCCCUUGCCGCUGGACCCGAGGACGUGCCGCUCCUGCUGGCGGGCGCGACCGGCUACGUCGUGCACUGGGUUGCAUGCCGGGGUCGAACGAGGGGCGCGCCGAUUACGGGGCAUAGCGGAUCCGCCUACAACACCCGAACCGGCACCGUCGCCUGGCGCCAGUUCCACGGCCCCUGCAACCCCGUCCGCCCCGUCGCCAUCGGCCGCAGGAACGUCUACUACGCCGAGAACAGCAUCAACACGGCAACCCGGUGCCUGAUCGCGCGCGACAUCGCGACAGGCGUGCAGGCGUUCCGCGUCCCCUUCCCGCACGACCCGGCCUUCGUCACCCGCAACGACAUCGCGCUGCUCACGCGCAAAAACGGCGACGAGGUCUUUGUCACGUGGGGGCAGGGCCUGAUUCCGGGGGUGGGAUGGCAGAUGCAGGGGAUUCAGAUCCGGUCUGGUGCCACGGGUGCUGUGAUCCAGACGGUGGAGUUGAAGCCGGUGCUGGACAAUAAGCGGCUUGUUGUCUGCGACGAUCCAGACCGGCGUGGUGAAUUCGCGGUCGUUUCUGAGGCGAAGAAUUUCCGGCGCUGGGACUUCCGGAUUGAGAGGUUCAGGGAGGAUCCGAGAACGGGUCUGUUCGGGAGUGUGUCGUUGGAGGUUGUCAGGGUAGCGGCGAAUGGGACGGCGGCUGGCGGCGGGAUCCCCCUUCGCGCGGUUGGCCGUAUUGCGCUGGAUCCUUAUGCCUAUGUUGCUGCGAUCUUAGGGAACCCCGCUGAGCAGGGCUAUGCCGAUGGCGCGACGCCGCAUUUCAUGGCGGUUGAGGAGGAUCCGAACGGCGGACAGGCGGAUGAUUCUGUCCAGCCGGAUAGAUGGCUGCGUCUUGUUCCCGCUGCUGGCGAGGCUAUUCCUAUCGGCGUGCCUGUGACGGUUCCGCCAGUGCAGGGGCUUGGGCAGCGUGGCGAGUUCCGUGCGGGUUCGCUGCUGGAUGAUGCUCGAGGCUGUGAUUUGAGGUGGGUUGGGGAGGGUAGGUUGUUGGUUCGUGAUGUGCAAGGGCAGCACUAUGUCCUGUUUGAUUUCAAGGCGCGGGUUCCGAGUGCUAUUGGCGUGAAUCCGGAUCCGAAGACGUUGGAGGAGCGGUGA